GCACACCAUAGAGAGAAACAAGCAUCUAGUUGAAGAGCCUCGGGAGGGGGCAAAGCCACAGGAGCUCAUACGUUGAAAUUGAGAAAUACUGGAGAAAGCACUGAUAGGAAAACAAAAUAAAAAAUCACGAUCGAAGGAAAUAAGUCACAAUUAUAUCAGAAAGCAACAUGAAAUACAUGGCGUGAAUCAGAAGAAAUUAUGGAGCAAUUGUGUGUUACUCACUGACCUGCACUUGCUAAAGAUCAGACUCGUGUAGUCUUGUUUGUUGUUGGCAAGAGAGCACCAAGUAGCUUCUCUUCAAAUCCUAGGGAAGGACACUUUCCAUUGAUUAUUUAUUUUCUAACUAAUCUCAUGGAGAGAACAGUCUGUAGGUAGAAAGUGAAACGAUCGGGAGCAGAAGACGAGGGGUUGAAGGGAAGGAAGCUGCAGGGAAGUGUCAGGGAAGCUGUCACCAGCCAUGGAUUGCAGCCUGCUGAGGAGACUCAUCAACAGAUAUUGUGCAGGAGAAGAGAACUGGGUAGACAACCGGACUAUUUACAUUGGCCACAAAGAGCCGCCUCCUGGUGCUGAAGCUUACAUUCCCCAAAGAUAUCCAGAUAAUAGGAUAGUCUCUUCAAAGUAUACAUUCUGGAACUUUGUCCCGAAAAACCUGUUUGAGCAGUUCAGAAGAAUAGCAAAUUUUUACUUCCUGAUCAUAUUUCUUGUACAGCUUAUUAUUGAUACACCAACUAGUCCCAUUACUAGUGGUCUGCCACUAUUUUUUGUCAUCACUGUGACAGCAAUUAAACAGGGCUAUGAAGAUUGGCUGAGGCAUAAAGCUGACAAUGCAAUGAACCAAUAUGCUGUUCACAUUAUUCAACAUGGCAAACUAGUCAGGAAACAAAGUAGGAAAUUAAGAGUUGGUGACAUUGUAAUGGUGAAAGAAGAUGAAGCUUUUCCAUGUGACAUGAUACUGUUAUCUUCAAGCCGGGAGGAUGGAACAUGUUUUGUUACAACAGCCAGUUUAGACGGGGAAUCUAGUCACAAAACAUACUUUGCUGUGCAAGAUACAAGAGCGUUUCAGAGUGAGCAGGAAAUGGACACACUAAACGCUACUAUUGAAUGUGAGCAGCCACAACCGGAUCUUUACAAGUUUGUCGGAAGAAUAAACAUUUACAAUGAAACGGAUGAGACAAUAGCAAGGCCUUUGGGGUCAGAGAACCUGCUCCUUCGAGGAGCCACCCUAAAGAAUACAGAGAGAGUGUUUGGUGUCGCUAUCUACACUGGAAUGGAAACAAAGAUGGCUUUAAAUUACCAGUCCAAAUCACAGAAAAGAUCUGCUGUUGAAAAAUCAAUGAAUGCGUAUCUUAUUGUGUACUUGUGUAUUCUGAUCAGUAAAGCCUUAAUAAACACUGUGCUGAAGUAUGUUUGGCAGAGUGAAUCUUCCCGUGAUGAGCCUUGGUAUAACCAAAAAACAGAGUCUGAGAGACAAAGAAAUUUGUUUCUCAGAGCAUUUACAGAUUUUUUGGCAUUCAUGGUUCUUUUCAACUACAUUAUCCCCGUGUCCAUGUAUGUUACUGUGGAAAUGCAAAAGUUCCUGGGCUCCUAUUUCAUCACUUGGGAUGAAGAAAUGUUUGAUGAAGCUACAGGGGAAGGUCCUAUUGUUAAUACUUCAGAUCUGAAUGAGGAGCUGGGCCAGGUUGAAUAUAUUUUUACAGAUAAAACGGGGACACUAACUGAGAACAACAUGGAGUUUAUUGAGUGCUGUAUUGAAGGUCAUGUUUAUAUACCACAUGUCAUUUGCAAUGGGCAGAUUCUUCAUGACUGCAUGGGCAUCGAUAUGAUUGAUUCCUCACCCGGAGCUGGAGGCAAAGAGAGGGAAGACUUGUUUUUUCGUGCUCUGUGCUUGUGUCACACUGUACAGGUAAAAGAUGAUGACCACGUAGAUGGAGAGAAAAAAUCAAGCCAGUCUGGCAAAUCUAGUGUUUAUAUUUCAUCAUCGCCUGAUGAAGUUGCCCUUGUUGAGGGUAUACAAAGGCUUGGGUACACAUUUUUGAGGCUAAAAGACAAUUACAUGGAAAUUUGUAACCGAGAGAAUGACAUUGAGAGGUUUGAAUUACUACAAGUUCUCACAUUUGAUUCCGUGAGGAGACGGAUGAGUGUCAUUGUAAAAUCACCUACAGGAGAUAUAUUCCUGUUCUGCAAAGGAGCAGAUUCAUCAAUAUUUCCCAGGGUCAGAGAGGGCAAAGUGGACCAAAUUCGUUCCAGAGUUGAACGCAAUGCUGUGGAAGGGCUGAGAACACUGUGUGUUGCAUAUAAAAAGUUUACACAAGAGGAAUUUGAAGCUGCAAACAAAUUACUACAGAAUGCUCAGCUGGCCCUUCAAGACCGAGAGAAGAAGCUUGCAGAAGCAUAUGAACAAAUCGAGCAGGACCUUACACUGCUGGGGGCUACGGCAGUAGAGGACAGGCUCCAGGAAAAAGCAGCCGACACAAUUGAAGCUCUGCAGAAAGCUGGCAUUAAAAUCUGGGUACUCACAGGAGACAAAAUGGAGACAGCUGCGGCCACCUGUUAUGCCUGCAAACUUUUCAGGAGAAACACACAACUGCUGGAACUUACAACAAAGAAAAUAGAAGAACAAAGUUUACAUGACGUGUUGUUUGAAUUAAGCAAAACAGUCCUGAGGCACCAUGACAGCCUAACUAGAGACAAUUUCUCAGGGUUUUCAACGGAUUUCCAAGAUUAUGGUUUAAUUAUUGAUGGAGCAGCACUGUCAUUAAUAAUGAAACCUAGAGAAGAUGGAAGCUCUACAAACUACAGAGAAGUGUUCCUGGAAAUCUGCAGAAACUGCAGUGCAGUGCUGUGUUGUCGGAUGGCGCCGCUGCAGAAAGCACAGAUUGUCAAAUUGAUAAAGACAUCAAAGGAACGUCCCAUUACUCUUGCCAUUGGUGAUGGAGCUAAUGAUGUCAGCAUGAUUCUUGAAGCACAUGUUGGUAUAGGAAUCGUUGGCAAAGAAGGACGGCAAGCUGCUCGGAACAGUGACUAUGCAAUUCCUAAAUUCAUGCAUUUGAAAAAGAUCCUGCUAGUUCAUGGACAUUUUUAUUACAUUAGGAUAGCAGAGCUUGUGCAAUACUUCUUUUAUAAGAAUGUCUGCUUCAUUUUUCCUCAGUUUUUAUACCAAUUCUUCUGUGGAUUUUCACAACAGCCUUUGUAUGACACUGCGUACCUAACACUGUACAAUAUCAGCUUUACUUCCCUACCUAUCCUCUUAUAUAGUCUCAUUGAACAACAUGUUAGUGUGGAUAUUUUGAAGAAUGAUCCUUUACUGUACAGGGAUAUUGCCAAAAAUGCAUUAUUGCGUUGGCGCUUAUUUAUUUAUUGGACCUUUCUGGGAGUGUUUGAUGCAGUGGUGUUUUUCUUUGGGGCAUAUUUCCUGUUCGACAAUGCCACUGUGACCAGCAACGGGCAGAUGUUGGGAAACUGGACAUUUGGGACGCUGGUGUUUACUGUCCUUGUAUUUACAGUCACUAUAAAGCUUGCACUGGAUACUCAAUACUGGACAUGGAUAAACCAUUUUGUUAUUUGGGGAUCACUUUUAUUCUAUAUCAUUUUUUCCCUGCUCUGGGGAGGAAUUGUCUGGCCUUUUCUCAAUUAUCAGAGGAUGUAUUAUGUGUUUAUGCAAAUGUUGUCCAGCGGCCCGGCCUGGCUGGGCAUUGUCAUUCUUAUUACUGUCAGCUUGCUCCCUGAUGUCCUAAAGAAGAUCUUAUGCAGGCAGCUAUGGCCCACAGCGACAGAAAGGAUCCAGAAUGCUUCCAGGCAGUCUCGGGACCAGGCUUCUGAGUUCACACCUCUAGCCCCAUUGCAGAGCCCAAGUUACCAAAGCAACGAGUUCAACUGUGCUACAGCCACCAGGUCUAAUUCUCUUUCUAAAAAAGUGAUGCUCACUCACUGGCAAAGCAAUGAUUAUUUUAAACUCCCAUCCCUCUUUGGCUAUUCCAACACACAAUAUAGUUCCAGUGCGAGCUCUUACCUCAGCAGGUCAGGGUUGGAAACAUCAGUUUGACACAUCACCACUUCAAGCCUUUAAGAACUCUUUUAUUAUAAUAAUAAUAAUAAUAAUAAUAAUAAUGAGGAUUCAGCAAAAUGAUUGUCUCAGUAGAACUUAUUCUGAAGCCUCCAAGACCUUUUCUACGGUCUGAGAUAAAGAGAGGAAUCUCCUUUGUCAUACAAGCCUAGGAGGCUGUUGUUAAUAUUUUUAAGCACUGCAGCAAAGAACAAUAUUCACAGUCUGGCACUGUGUGACUGAUAGCACUGAUAGUUAAAAUUGUCUGUCCAGAGUCUUAUGAGUUUACUGGUCAUGUCCACUAUAGUUGUUUUUAUACUGUCAAUUGUCUCACUAUAAGGCUUAUUUGUCAAAAAUCUGCUGGUUGAUAUUUGAUGGAGCAAUCUGAACAUCUUACUGAAGGUUCUUCUUUCUCUCUCUCUCUUUUCUCUAUUUCUCUCUUGCUUACAAAAGAACAAACUGGUGUUGCCUUUGUGCCCAUUUUAUUUCAAGAAACACUGUUUAACAAUCAUUUCAUUGUAAGUUGCCAAAUGCAUUAUUAUUAUUUUCUUUUUGUGCUUUCCCUGUAGAGCUAGACUUCCAUACAUCUGCUUCUGUUCUGUGGUUUAAUCUGUCUCUUGUUGGUGUUAAAAAAUAAAUUAGCAUUGUUGUUUCAUAAAGAACAGUCUAGAGAUGAUGAACCUAACUCUUGCUCUGUACAGUUCUUUAUUGAAAAGAAUUCAAAGUAAAUAUUAGCUUUCAUGUCCGUCUCAAUCAGUCCUGAAAUCAAAAUUCUUAUCUGUGAAUAGUAAUCAUUAGAAAAGUGUUUCCCAGUACUCAUUUUUACAUGUCUACAAAUUAAUAUAUUUAUUAUGGGACAGGGUAGAUUAUAUUUCUGUUGAAAAGCUUAUUACUUUUCUUUCUUUUUUUACAAUAAAUUCUGUGAUACGAUGGAUACAUUGAAAAAUAAGAUAUCAUCAAACUGCGAAGUCAAAACUACACAAAUGCGGUUUAAUAGGAGUUAUGAAAUAGAAUUUUAAUGGUGCUUUAAGUACAUUAUAAGAUGUGUAAAAUAUAAAUGAUACAUCAUAUCUGCUAUAUUUAAUUACUUUGGUCACCAUGUUCAAUACAAAUACAUAUUUACAAGGGUAGAUCAGUAAUUCCUAAUCCUGAUAUAGAAAUAAAUAUUGGUUUUUAUUUUUAAAAGAAUCCCCCCAGAGUAGAUAUCUACAGUAUUGUUUUCAAUCUCCUUUAUAAAAUAGUUCUGCAAAUAUUGAAAAAGUGUUACUACAUUUUCAUGUUUGCUAAAUUCCACAGAAGUCAGAUUCUCCUUUAUACAUUGUGUGCUUUGCUUUUUACCAGAUCACCACAUGUACAUAUGUUUAUUAACUUGCAAAUUACUCAGUAUGCAAAAAGCAAGGUGGUAUAUUCAGCAGCUCCAAUUCUCCAUUCAUUACUGAGCAAACCACAAAAAAUGGGAGUAAAAUAUAUUUUGAUGUAAAACAUGUCCAGGCAAACAUUUAGUGGUCAUAUUUAAAAUACUAGUGUAAAAUAAAUGAAUGUAUUACUUUACUGAGAUAUUAGGUGCAAAUAUUUGUAAAUAUAAAUUUUUGUCUAAAAGCCCUUGGGAUACAUAUAAAUAUGUUCUAAUAAUAUAAACUGGUAUGAAAUCUUGGAAAAUAUUGUGCAACUUAUCAUGUAAGGUCAGGUGAAAUGCUGUACAUUAAUAACUUGGUUCUCUUUAGGGAAAAGUUAAUGAUUAAGGGCCCAAUGAUCAAACACUUGCCGUCAUGGAGAGAAAUCACACAAAACCUUUGGGAUUUUGUAAGACCUUAUAUUGCAUAUGAGUCUCUCCUUCACAUCCAGAACUAGUCAUGGAGAGAUAAACAUCUCUCAAGGUGAAAUUUAUUUUUCUAAAAUUAUUUGAGGGGCCUCACCAUAAUUACAAGACUUUUUAGAUCAUGUCUCCUAAGCUAAGAUAUUUAGAUCAUUGGGGAGGAAGGGAGGAAGAAAUAUCAGGGAUAGAUAAAUAAAGAGAGAAAGGAAAAUGUUAGAUAAAGAAGAGUCAGAGAGAUAGGAAGGGAGAUGGGCCAGCUACAGAAGUGGUUCUAGAUCUUACAACUGUGCGUCAGAUGUAGAAGUGAUUCUAUAUCUUAGAACUAGGGGUCAGAUACAGGAGUGGUUCUAGAUCUUAUAACUGUGGGUCAGAUACAGAAGUGGUCCAGAACUUUGAACUGUGGGGCAGAUACAGGAGUGAUUCUAGAUCUUUUAACUGUGGGUCAGAUACAGCAGUGGUUCCUGAUCUUAGAACUGUGAGACAGAUACUGACGUGGUUCUAGAUAUUAGAACUGUGGGUCAGAUAUACAAGGGGUUCUAGAUCUUUGAACUGUGGGUGAGAUACAGCAGCGGUUCCAGAUCUUUGAACUGAGGGUCAGAUACAAAGGUGGUUCUAGAUCUUUGAACUGUGGGUCAGAUACAGCAGAGGUUCCAGAUCUUAGAACUGUGGGUCAGAUACAGCAGUGGUUCCAGAUCUUAGAACUGUGGGUCAGAUACAGCAGUGGUUCCAGAUCUUAGAACUGUGGGUCAGAUACAGAGGUGGUUCUAGAUCUUUGAACUGUGGAUCAGAUACUCAAGUGGUUCUAGAUCUUUGAACUGUGGUUCAGAUACAGCAGUGGUUCUAGAUCUUAGAACUGUGGGAGAGGUACAAAAGAGGUUCUAGAUCUCAGAAAUGGGGUUGCUAACAAUGUGAUACAUUUGUGGGUUCAUUAUUUCCUUAUGCUUUCUUAUUAAAAUAUGUUUUCCACCCAAUAAUACCUAUACCUGUACUGAGUAGAUCACAGUACAUAUACAUUUAUGGUUGUUGAUUCCAGUUGGGGAACUACCACUUUUGAAACAGUCGUGACUGUGACUUGGCCCUGGAAGUUGGCCUCUCUGGGGGGCCUAGCAGGUGGGACCUCUUAAGUGUGUGUGAGCACUUGCGCACCUUUGUCAGGGAGAGCGCACACAAAGUUUGAAUAAAAAGUGCAGGUGAGGUGUGUUGCGCAGCAGGCGGUAAAUGUUACACUGUCCCAUGCCUGUGAUUUACUGAAUACUAUUGCCUGCAAAAUCACAGAGAGAGAGGCGAAGUCAGAGAGGGAACUGUGGAAAGAGCCGGAUAAGUAAGGCCCGCUGAGUAAUCAGGGCAUUUGUGUUUAAAUAUGCAAAACUAUAAAUUAUUACAAAAACACUCCCAGUGGGCUAUAUAAUGGAUCAUAUACAAAACAUUUAUGCAAAGGAAAAUCUAGUCUACCAUGUCCAUUUAAAGGGACAGUCUACAACUCAUUUUAAAGUCUUACUUUAGAUUAAGUUGCAAAUAGCCUCCUGCGCUCCUUUCUAUUUCAUGCAGCAGUAAAAGUAAAAACGUUAUUAAAAAAUUAAUAUUGUUUCUGGUUACUUUGAAAUGGCUGCCAAGCUCCACCCAGUGAUGACAUCACAAUCUGUUCUGCAUCUGUGCUCUCUGCUGAAAAGCAUUGACAGUCUGUUGAAUCCAAUUAGUGAGUCUUUUGUAACUAGUGAAGCCUUUAAUGCAGCCCAGUUAGUGAGGUCAUCAGUGGGCAGAGCUUGGCAGCCAGUUCAAAGUGACCAGAAACAAUAUAAAUUUUAAAAUAACAUUUUUACUGUUAAGAUAUAGAAAGAGGUGCAGGAGGCUAUUUGCAGCUUAGUCUAAGGCAAGACUUUAGGCUUCUAAAAAUACUUAUUUUAAUUCUGCUUUCUAAAACUUUUAGAUAUAUAUUUCAGAACUAUACUUGACAUGUUCUUUCACAAAAAUCUAUUUGUGUUGUGAUACUUCUUUCAAUGUCAGCUUGCUUAAAGGGCAACCCAAAAAAUAUUCUAACUUCUUUAGAUAACGUAUUUAACGAUUAGUACUGCAAACUGUAGCCAGUAAUGCAGUAAAUAUAGUCUGCAAGUAAAACAACUUACUACAUCUCCUUCGGCCAUUUUGAAAUGGCCGCCUCACCCCUCCUUUCCCUACUUAAUCCUCAGCUACCAUUGAAUUAAUUUUAUCUAUCCUGCUUGUUCCUGUGAUCCACGCAUGCGCAAUGCACUGUUUUCUUCAAGGGGGGGCUUUUUCAGGUAGGAACAAAAACGCUCAGUAGCAUAGCGGUUCCUAUGUGGCGGAAGUUGGCUUCAAUAACAACACUGGAACAGCUGUGGGACCGAUGAAGGGAACGAACACUGGUCCGCUGCAUAUAGGAACCGAUAUGCUACUGAUAGUUGUUUUUUUUUUUUUUUGUUCCAACCUGAAAAAGCCCCCCUUGACGAAAACGGCGCAUGUGCGAAUCGCGGGAAUGAGCAGGAUAGAUAAAAUUUAUUCAGUGGAAGCUGAAGAUGACGUAGGGAAAGGAGGGGUGAAGCGUCCCUUUCCAAACGGCCGAAGGAGAUCUAGUAAGUCUUUUUACUUGCAAAUUAUAUUUAUUUCAUUAUUGGGCUACAGUUGGCAGUUCUAAUCAUUAAAUACAUUGGGACCGAUUUAUCAAGGGCUGAAUGGUCCCUGAUGCCCCUGUUUCCUCGUGAGCCUUCAGGCUCGCCGGAAACAGCAGUUAAGAAGCAGCAGUCUUAAAACUGCUGGUCCUUAACUGGUCCGUUGCCUCAAUCCGCCCGAUCCUAUACGAUCGGGUUGAUUGACACCCCCUGAAAGGGGCUGAUUGAUUGCAAAUCUGCAGUGGCGGCAUCGCACAAGCCGUUCACCAGAACCGCUUGUGCAAUGUUAAAUGCUGACAGUGUAUGCUUUCGGCAUUCAGCGAUGUAUGUCGGACAUGAUAUGCUACAGCGUAUCAUGUCGGACAGACAUUGAUAACUCAGCCCCAUUAUCUAAAGAAGUUAGAAUAUUUUUGGGGUUGACUUGCCCUUUAACUGAUCUUCUGUAAUCACAAUCAUCAGCACACAGUAAAAUAAAUUCCCAUAGAAUGUAUAGUGUUCUAUUGCUGUGACAAUGCUCAUGACUAUCCUUGCAUGUCUGCACUAACUGAUUUAUUCUCUCUUUUACAGCUGCAUUACCAUGUUCUUCUUUUGUCAUUUCAACCUUAGAAUGAAGAAAUUCACACUUACUGUAUAAAGUAUUGUUUUCUAUUUUGCAUAAAAGCCUUUUCAUAUUAUUUAAUGUCGGUAUCUCCAGUAAUCAGUUAACAUGUUUUAAAUAUUGUCUGUGUUUUUGUUCUACAACACAUAGAAGAGAAUGUUCUGUAUCAGUGUUUUUUUUAUUUUAUUAAUUAUAUUUUUCUUGCCAGGAAAAUCAUCCCAAAAAGGGUACAACAAAAUCAUUGUAUUGAUCUCAGUAGACAUAAAAGCAUUUUUUUUUUCAUUCAGGGAGCAUUAAAGCUGAAUUUAUUUACAAUUAUGGAACCUUCAACUACAUUUUUAGAUUAAAUUGCACAGAUUAUAAUAUAUUGUACCAUGGAGCAUCAUAGACCAUACUGUCUCCAGUUCUUAUCCAACAUCCCGCGUGAGAGACAAGUAGACUUCUGUCCAAUUCUUCAUAGUGGUACCUUAGGGUAUUGCAUUGCUAACUGGCUGCAAUUGUGAGCACUCCCACAAUGCAUUUCUGCUGAGCAGUGUAUGUACUGUUAUCCAUUGGAUAAUGUAUUACGAUUUAAUGACAUUGCUAUUUAACUUAAGGAAUAUGAGUAAGAUGAAUAAUCAUUCAGUCCUGUAGGAUACAUUACUUUGUAUCACGAUCCAUUUGUGACCAUACAGGCCAUUUAAAGGGAAGAAUAUGUACAGAUACUAAUAUAAACAUCCAUUAUAAAACCUUUUAAAAACUUAAUGAAAAGGUCCCAGUUUAGCACUGUUGAUGAGGUUAGUCUGGGACACCCAUUGAAAGGGGCUGGGAAAACAAGAGCAGCAGACACUCCCCCCUUCACCCCUCCCUGCAUUUGAAAAGACAGAUUACAAAACCAGGAGCCAGCAGUAGUCUGUAGAUAUCAGUAUACAUCUGACACUGUGGGACCUGGUUAGGAGUCUGAAAAUCAGCACAAUGUUAUUAAAAAAUAAGCAAAACUAAACAUUGUUACAUCAACACUCCCAGAUGGGCUAUAUAAAUGGAACAUCUACAAAAGAUUUAUCCAAAGGUAAAUAGAGUGUACAAUGUCCCUUUAAUGGAAAAUGGAAGUAAAAUAGCAAGCAAUCACUGUAAAACAAUGUUUGUUUGUUUUAGAUACAAGCAUGGGUUUUGCAUAGAAUAAGUUAAAGGAAUUUAAUCUUCAGUCCAGUCUGCUCCUCCAGUACACAUAAUGCUGCAGUCUGCUCCUCGAGUACAAGUGAUACUGCAGUCUACUGCUCCAGUACACAUAAUGCUGCCGUCUGUUCCUCCAGUACAUGUGAUACUGUCGUCUGCUGCUCCAGUACAUAUAAUGCUGCAGUCUGCUCCUCCAGUACACAUAAUGCUGCCGUCUGCUCCUCCAGUACACAUGAUGCUGCCGUCUGCUCCUCCAGCACACAUGAUGCUGCCGUCUGCUCCUCCAGCACACAUGAUGCUGCCGUCUGCUCCUCCAGCACACAUGAUGCUGCAGUCUGCUCCUCCAGCAGACAUGAUGCUGCAGUCUGCUCCUCCAGCAGACAUGAUGCUGCAGUCUGCUCCUCCAGCAGACAUGAUGCUGGAGUCUGCUCCUCCAGCAGACAUGAUGCUGCAGUCGGCUCCUCCAGUAGACGUGAUGCUGCAGUCUGCUCCUCCAGUAGACAUGAUGCUGCAGUCUGCUCCUCCAGUAAACAUGAUGCUGCAGUCUGCUCCUCCAGUAAACAUGAUGCUGCAGUCUGCUCCUCCAGUAAACAUGAUGCUGCAGUCUGCUCCUCCAGUAAACAUAAUGCUGCAGUCUGCUCCUCCAGUAGACAUAAUGCUGCAGUCUGCUCCUCCAGUAGACAUAAUUCUGCAGUCUGCUCCUCCAGUAGACAUAAUGCUGUAGUCUGCUCCUCCAGUAGACAUAAUGCUGCAGUCUGCUCCUCCAGUAGACAUAAUGCUGCAGUCUGCUCCUCCAGUAGACAUAAUGCUGCAGUCUGCUCCUCCAGUAGAUAUAAUGCUGCAGUCUGCUCCUGCAGUACAUAUGAUGCUGCAGUCUGCUCCUCCAGUAGACAUAAUGAUGCAAUCUGCUCCUCCAGUACACAUGAUGCUGCCAUCUGCUCCUCCAGUACACAUGAUGCUGCAGUCUGCUCCUCCAGUAGACAUAAUGCUGCAGUUUGCUCCUCCAGUAGACAUAAUGCUGCAGUUUGCUCCUCCAGUAGACAUAAUGCUGUAGUCUGCUCCUCCAGUACACAUGAUGCUGCAGUCUGCUCCUCCAGUACUUUUUUCUUUCAAUUUGUAAUACGAGCGCUACCCGGCGCACACAAAAAACAUAAUUUAUGUAAGAACUUACCUGAUAAAUUCAUUUCUUUCAUAUUAGCAAGAGUCCAUGAGCUAGUGACGUAUGGGAUAUACAUUCCUACCAGGAGGGGCAAAGUUUCCCAAACCUCAAAAUGCCUAGAAAUACACCCCUCACCACACCCACAAAUCAGUUUAACGUAUAGCCAAGAAGUGGGGUGAUAAGAAAAAAGUGCGAAAGCAUAAAAAAUAAGGAAUUGGAAUAAUUGUGCUUUAUACAAAAAAAAUCAUAACCACCACAAAAAAGGGUGGGCCUCAUGGACUCUUGCUAAUAUGAAAGAAAUGAAUUUAUCAGGUAAGUUCUUACAUUAUGUUUUCUUUCAUGUAAUUAGCAAGAGUCCAUGAGCUAGAGACAGCCAAUUCCGCUGAAAAAAAUCCACACACAAAAUAAAGUUUAAAUCUUACAAUGAAAAAAACUGAAAUUAUAGGCAGAAGAAUCAAACUGAAACAGCUGCCUGAAGUACUUUUCUACCAAAAACUGCUUCAGAAGAAGAAAACACAUCAAAAUGGUAGAAUUUAGUAAAAGUAUGCAAAGAAGACCAAGUGGCUGCUUUGCAAAUCUGAUCAACCGAAGCUUCAUUCCUAAACGCCCAGGAAGUAGAAACUGACCUAGUAGAAUGAGCUGUAAUCCUUUGAGGCGGAGUUUUACCCGACUCGACAUAAGCAUGAUGAAUCAAAGAUUUUAACCAAGAUGCCAAAGAAAUGGCAGAAGCCUUCUGACCUUUCCUAGAACCAGAAAAGAUAACAAAUAGACUAGAAGUCUUUCGGAAAUCCUUAGUAGCUUCAACAUAAUAUUUCAAAGCUCUAAUUACAUCCAAAGAAUGCAACGACUUUUCCUUAGAAUUCUUAGGAUUAGGACACAAUGAAGGAACCACAAUUUCUCUACUAAUGUUGUUAGAAUUCACAACCUUAGGUAAAAAUUUAAAAGAAGUUCGCAACACCGCCUUAUCCUGAUAAAAAAUCAGAAAAGGAGACUCACAAGAAAGAGCAGAUAAUUCAGAAACUCUUCUAGCAGAAGAGAUGGCCAAAAGAAACAAAACUUUCCAAGAAAGUAAUUUAAUGUCCAGCGAAUGCAUAGGUUCAAAUGGAGGAGCUUGAAGAGCCCCCAGAACCAAAUUCAAACUCCAAGGAGGAGAAAUUGACUUAAUAACAGGUUGUACAAAACAAUGAAUAUCAGGAAGACUAGCAAUCUUUCUGUGAAAAAUAACAGAAAGAGCAGAGAUUUGUCCUUUCAAGGAACUUGCAGACAAACCUUUAUCCAAACCAUCCUGAAGAAACUGUAAAAUUCUAGGAAUUCUAAAAGAAUGCCAAGAAAAAAGAUGAGAAAAACACCAAGAAAUGUAAAUCUUCCAGACUCGAUAAUAUAUCUUCCUAGAUACAGUUUUACGAGCCUGUAACAUAGUAUUAAUCACAGAGUCAGAGAAACCUCUAUGACUGAGAAUCAAGCGUUCAAUCUCCAUACCUUCAAAUUUAAGGAUUUGAGAUCCUGAUGGGAAAAAAGGACCUUGCGAUAGAAGGUCUGGUCUUAACGGAAGAGUCCAUGGUUGGCAAGUGGCCAUCCGGACAAGAUCCACGUACCAAAACCUGUGAGGCCAUGCUGGAGCCACCAGCAGAACAAACGAGCACUCCUUUAGAAUCUUGGAAAUCACUCUUGGAAGAAGAACUAGAGGCGGAAAGAUAUAGGCAGGAUGAUACUUCCAAGGAAGUGACAAUGCAUCCACUGCCUCCGCUUGAGGAUCCCUGGAUCUGGACAGAUACCUGGGAAGCUUCUUGUUUAGAUGAGAAGCCAUCAGAUCUAUUUCUGGAAGUCCCCACAUUUGAACAAUCUGAUGAAAUACCUCUGGGUGAAGAGACCAUUCGCCCGGAUGUAACGUUUGGCGACUGAGAUAAUCCGCUUCCCAAUUGUCUAUACCUGGGAUAUGAACCGCAGAAAUUAGACAGGAGCUGGAUUCCGCCCAUACCAGUAUUCGAGAUACUUCUUUCAUAGCCAGAGGACUGUGAGUCCCUCCUUGAUGAUUGACAUAUGCCACUGUUGUGACAUUGUCUGUCUGAAAACAAAUGAACGACUCUCUCUUUAGAAGAGGCCAUGACUGAAGAGCUCUGAAAAUUGCACGGAGUUCCAAAAUGUUGAUUGGUAAUCUCACCUCCUGAGAAUCCCAAACCCCUUGUGCUGUCAGAGACCCCCAAACAGCUCCCCAACCUGUAAGACUUGCAUCUGUUGAAAUCACAGUCCAGGUCGGAAGAACAAAAGAAGCCCCCUGAACUAAACGAUGGUGGUCUGUCCACCACGUCAGAGAGUGUCGUACAAUCGGUUUUAAAGAUAUUAAUUGAGAUAUCUUUGUAUAAUCCCUGCACCACUGGUUCAGCAUACAGAGCUGAAGAGGUCACAUGUGAAAACGAGCAAAGGGGAUCGCGUCCGAUGCAGCAGUCAUAAGACCUAGAAUUUUCAUGCAUAAGGCUACCGAAGGGAAUGAUUGAGACUGAAGGUUUCGACAAGCUUGUCUGUCAGAGACAGAGUCAUGGACACUGAAUCUAUCUGGAAACCUAAAAAGGUUACCCUUGUCUGAGGAAUCAAUGAACUUUUUGGUAAAUUGAUCCUCCAACCAUGUUCUCGAAGAAACAAUACAAGUCGAUUCGUAUGAGAUUCUGCUAAAUGUGAAGACUGAGCAAGUACCAUGAUAUCGUCCAAAUAAGGAAAUACCACAAUACCCUGUUCUCUGAUUACAGAGAGAAGGGCACAGAGAACCUUUGUAAAAAUCCUUGGAGCUGUUGCUAGGCCAAACGGCAGAGCCACAAAUUGGUAAUGCUUGUCUAGGAAAGAGAAUCUCAGAAACUGAUAGUGAUCUGGAUGAAUCGGAAUAUGCAGAUAUGCAUCCUGUAAAUCUAUUGUGGACAUAUAAUGCCCUUGCUGAACAAAAGGCAGAAUAGUCCUUAUAGUUACCAUUUUGAAUGUUGGUAUCCUUACAUAAUGAUUCAAUAUUUUUAAAUCCAGAACUGGUCUGAAGGAAUUCUCCUUCUUUGGUACAAUGAAAAGAUUUGAGUAAAACCCCAGCCCCUGUUCCAGAACUGGAACUGGCAUAAUUACUCCAGCCAACUCUAGAUCUGAAACACAUUUCAGAAAUGCUUGAGCCUUCACUGGAUUUACUGGGACACGGGAAAGAAAAUUUUUUCUUGCAGGAGGCCUUAUCUUGAAGCCUAUUCUGUACCCUUGUGAAACAAUGUUCUGAAUCCAAAGAUUGUGAAUCGAAUUGAUCCAAAUUUCUUUGAAAAACCGUAAUCUGCCCCCUACCAGCUGAGCUGGAAUGAGGGCCGCACCUUCAUGUUGACUUGGGAGCUGGCUUUGGCUUUCUAAAAGGCUUGGAUUUAUUCCAGACUGGAGAUGGUUUCCAAACUGAUACUGCUCCUGUAGGGGAAGGAUCAGGCUUUUGUUCCUUAUUGUGACGAAAGGAACGAAAACGAUUAGUAGACCUAAAUUUACCUUUAGAUUUUUUAUCCUGUGGUAAAAAAGUUCCUUUCCCCCCAGUAACAGUUGAAAUAAUAGAAUCCAACUGUGAACCAAAUAAUUUAUUACCCUGGAAAGAAAGGGAAAGCAAAGUUGACUUAGAAGACAUAUCAGCAUUCCAAGUUUUAAGCCAUAAAGCUCUUCUAGCUAAAAUAGCUAGAGACAUAUACCUGACAUCAACCCUAAUGAUAUCAAAGAUGGCAUCACAAAUAAAAUUAUUGGCAUGUUGAAGAAGAUUAACAAUGCUAUGAGAAUUAUGAUCUGUUACUUGUUGCGCUAAAGCUUCCAAACAAAAAGUUGAAGCUGCAGCAACAUCCACUAAAGAUAUAGCAGGUCUAAGAAGAUUACCUGAACAUAAGUAAGCUUUUCUUAGAAAGGAUUCAAUUUUCCUAUCUAAAGGAUCCUUAAAGGAAGUACCAUCUGCCGUAGGAAUAGUAGUACGUUUAGCAAGAGUCGAGAUAGCCCCAUCAACCUUAGGGAUUUUGUCCCAAAACUCUAAUCUGUCAGAUGGCACAGGAUAUAAUUGCUUAAAACGUUUAGAAGGAGUGAAUGAAUUACCCAAAUUAUUCCAUUCCCUGGAAAUUACUUCAGAAAUAGCAUCAGGGACAGGAAAAACUUCUGGAAUAACUACAGGAGAUUUAAAAACCUUAUUUAAACGUUUAGAUUUAGUAUCAAGAGGACCAGAUUCCUCUAUCUAUCUUAAUGCAAUUAAGACUUCUUUAAGUAAAGAACGAAUAAAUUCCAUUUUGAAUAAAUAUGAAGAUUUAUCAGCAUCAACCUCUGAAACUGAAUCCUCUGAACCAGAGGAAACAUAAUCAGAAUGAUGAUGUUCAUUUAAAAAUUCAUCUGAAAAAUGAGAAGUUUUAAAAGACCUUUUACGUUUACUAGAAGGAGGAAUAACAGACAUAGCCUUCUUAAUGGAUUUAGAAACAAAAUCUCUUAUGUUAACAGGAACACUCUGAGUAUUAGAUGUUGAUGGAACAGCAACAGGUAAUGUAACAUUACUAAAGGAAAUAUUAUCUGCAUUAACAAGUUUGUCAUGACAUUCAUUACAAACAACAGCUGGAGGAACAGAUACCACAAGUUUACAGCAAAUACACUUAACUUUGGUAGAUCAUCAGGCAGCGAUUUUCCAGAAGUAUCUUCUGAUUCAGGGUCAAUCUGAGACAUCUUGCAAUAUGUAAUAGAAAAAACAACAUAUAAAGCAAAAUUGAUCAAAUUCCUUAAAUGACAGUUUCAGGAAUGGGAAAAAAUGCCAGUGAACAAGCUUCUAGCAACCAGAAGCAAAUAAACAAUGAGACUUAAAUAAUGUGGAGACAAUAAUGACGCCCAUAUUUUUUAGCGCCAAAAAAGACGCCCACAUUAUUUGGCGCCUAAAUGCUUUUAGCACCAAAAAUGAUGCCACAUCCGGUAGCUCCAAAAAAGACGCAAUAAAAUGAAGCAUUUUCAGCCCCCGCAAGCCUAACAGCCCACAGGGAAAAAAGUCAAAUUUUAAUGUAAGAAAAAAAUGAUUAUUCAAAUGCAUUAUCCCAAAUAAUGAAACUGACUGUCUGAAAUAAGGAAUAUUGAACAUCCUGAAUCAAGGCAAAUAAAUGUUUAAACACAAAUAUUUAGAACUUUAUAUAAAAGUGCCCAACCAUAGCUUAGAGUGUCACAAAAAUAAGACUUACUUACCCCAGGACACUCAUCUACAUGUAGUAGAAAGCCAAACCAGUACUGAAACGAGAAUCAGUAGAGGUAAUGGUUUAUAUAUAAGAGUAUAUCGUCGAUCUGAAAAGGGAGGUAAGAGAUGAAUCUCUACGACAGAUAACAGAGAACCUAUGAAAUAGACCCCGUAGAAGGAGAUCAUUGAAUUCAAAUAGGCAAUACACUCUUCACAUCCCUCUGACAUUCACUGCACGCUGAGAGGAAAACCGGGCUCCAACCUGCUGCGGAGAGCAUAUCAACGAAGAAGAUAGCACAAACUUACUUCACCACCUCCAUGGGAGGCAAAGUUUGUAAAACUGAUUUGUGGGUGUGGUGAGGGGUGUAUUUAUAGGCAUUUUGAGGUUUGGGAAACUUUGCCCCUCCUGGUAGGAAUGUAUAUCCCAUACGUCACUAGCUCAUGGACUCUUGCUAAUUACAUGAAAGAAAGCUUACUUCUGGUAGAGUUAGCGCGGGAGCAGGAGCGUUUAAUACUACUCAACUUGUAAUCUGGACCGUUGUUAUUUAUUCCCUUCCCCACCUCAGAAAAAUAUUUGCAGAUUCCCAUGAGGUAUAUUUGCUUAUAAUUUAAACCUUACAAAUACUUUUGCCACCUGUACUAGGUUUUCAUAGUUGUCAACAAAUCGUUUUUUAAUUUUUUGUUUCAAUCCAUUUGAUCUUUAAGAAAAAAAAAAUGUGCCUAAUUCUGCCCACUUAUUUUAUUACAGUUGCAUUGCCCUUUCAUCCAGAAAACCAUUUCAGCUGAAACAUCUUGUGAUUGGCUGUAAUGGCCUAUAGUAAAAAAAGAUGACAGCAGUGACCAGCCGAUCCCUGUGUGUGCCUCAAUUUUAUACCUCAUCUACACACAAAAAAUGCAAUUGUUUUAUAAUUCCAGUAUCUAGUAAGACUGAUUGUUCCAUGUUAUUUCACUUCCAUAUCUGCUCAAUGAGAUAAACUGAUCGCUUCCUCUGUCACAGAGACAGGUUACUUGUUAACUAUUUCACAAAUUUUGUGUCAUCAUUAUUCUCAUUAAAAAAGAAACUAUGUAACAGGAAGGCGGAAAGUAUUUUAUUAUUAUCUUUAUCCCAGUUUAAUAUUCCCAGUUACAAUUAGUAAAUAAAACAUUUUCCAGUAUUCGUUGAGCUGAAGUAUAAAACCAAAACAACCCCCACCCCCCCACACACACACACACACUAAUUUUGUAGGAAAGAAUAUCAAAGCUCUAGACAUAUAAACAUAUAGUUUCUAUAAUCAAGAGAAUUAUUUAUUUAAUUUAAAAAAUCUAAAAUCACUACUGCUGUCUGCAUAUCUUAAUUUUGGAAUAAAGAAAAUCAGGUUUAGGUAGAUGUAUGUCAAAUGUUUGAGGGGUUUUUAUACAGAUUUUUUCCAGUUGGCUAUCAAUACAGAGUAUUCAGUUCUGUGUUUGCCAGUAUGUAAACUAUAUACAUUAAACUGGGAUGUACACAAAGGAUGCAGAAAAUAAACUUUUUUUCCAUUCUUCUAGGUAAACAGUUUAUCUUCUAAAUAAAAACUUAAAAUUUAAUAGGAAUAAAUAUCAAAAUGAGAAUGUUUUCAUAGAUUUUUGAACACAUGACCUUUGUUGAGAUACUUUAUCUGGUCUUGUGGCUUAGUUCUGCUUCUUGCUGGAAUUUGUUUAUAUCCUUAAGUGUCAUGGUUCAUUGUCUACUGGUUUGUCAUGUUAUGUGGAUGAGUUUGGUAUCAUAAUGUACAAUUUGUUACAUUAGUAGUUUAUAACAAAAAAAUGCAAAAAUUAGCCCCAUAUAUUUAUUUGUUUAUACAAUAUUUUUCAUACCAGGGUUGCCAAAUGCAAGGAGCCUUGAAUAAUACUGUGAAAUAUAUCUGGUGACGUCAUAAAGCAAGGUUACUUAUUUUAAAAGAUCAUUUUAAUGCAAACUAUAGCUGCAAUCUGAUAUAAACAUUACUUGUAGUUACCAGCCAUCACUAGAAAAAGAUCCCAAACUAAAUAUCUGCUCCCUAUAUGCACCUGCAAUUUCAAACUAUAGUGCAUAUCAGACCCCCAGAACCAAUACAUAGGCCUCUAGUUAUCAAGGUCUGACGGACCUGAUCCGACACUACGGAUCAGGUCUGCCAGACCUUGCUGAAUACGGCGAGCAAUACGCUCGCCGUAUUCAGCAUUGCACCAGCAGCUCACAUUAUGCUAGGUAAAUUCCAAAUUACUUAGAGCUCACAACCAGAUGAGUGUGUGUAGGUGCAUGCACACCUAUAAAUGUCUACACACGGACACAGACUAUAUACUUGGUCCCUGCAAACUAGUCAUUCAUUGAACACAGGGCUUAUUGAAGCAGGAGUCUCUAUUAUAAUGUGCCUGGACACUUCUGUUCCACCCCCUGCUCAUGCUUAUGAAUUUUAGAUUAUAUGUGCUUGGGUUUGUUUCCAACUAAACAAAAAUUACGGGUUAGCUAAGUGUUUAAAGGGAUGUUAAACAGUCUAAAAAAGCACUAAGCAGAUGUCUAUAGGUAAUAGAAAUCAUUGCAAUAUGUAUUAUUUAUCUAUUUCAAUGGAUUUUACCUUUUUAUUUAAUUUUUUUUACACUACAUUUGUGCUUCCUGUCACAGCCCUAGAUGAAGGAGGAGGCCUUUGCAGGAAUGUCUAUUUUAGCCUGGUGUCAAAAAACUUCUAGGUUAGUGAAUAGACUAGAUAACAGGGAGUCAGAUGCUGAUGCCCAGAACUGACAGAAUUAAAACUUAGGUUUGGAAAAUCCUCUGCUCUUAAAACACUGGGGGUGGAGCUAAACUGAGAAUUUCUAAGUGCUAAUUUUUGCAAGAAAAGCUUAUUUGCUGUUUUUGUUACACAAUUUCUUUAUUUUUAUAUUUACUUUGCUUUAACAUAUUUGUUUUUGCCAAAGGAGCACUGUUUAAUAUCCCUUUAAGACUGAUUACUCAUCUAAUUCUAUACGUGUUACUAUCUAUCUAUCUAUCUAUCUAUCUGUGAAUUUAAAUUUUGAAGCAGUGUUCUCCUUAUGCCUUAUAAUGACUAAUGGGGCAUGAAAUGGAGUCGUGUAUCCAUGUGGUAAAGGGCAUGAAUUAAUAAAGCACGGCUCGGAGUGACACUGCACUAGAAUAAAGGCAAUGAAACAUUUAAUCAGACAGUAUCUGAUCGCUUUGCUGUUCUGUGCCUCUCCAGUAAAUCCUCCCAUGAUGUUAGGUAUUCCGUAGGCACCUAUCAAGAAGACAAAGAUAGAUAGGACGACUUACUGGAAAGUGUCUCCUGGGUCAUUUGAAUCUACAGAUCAAAACCACUAUUUUGUUAUUUUAUUUUUGAAAAACUUGUGUGACUUGUAGUUUAAAAAUGGUUAUUCAGCAGAUUAUAUAUUAUAAAGCUGUGUACAUGUCUACAAAGUAUAUUUAAUGCGCUGCUAUCUAUAACUGUGUGUAUCUAAUCAUGUAAAGCUGAGAGGAACCUUAACGAUUGCUGUUCCGGAUGCACCUCUGAUUGCAGUCUGGAUACUGCACUUAUUUCUGCUGGUACUGUGCAGCAACCUUUAAAAAUCAGCUCUUGGAAUUACAGUUCAUGUUUGUUAAUGUCUGAAUAUGUGUUUGUUUUUUCAGUUUCUCAGCUAAUGGUAAUACUGUAUAUUUAUCCAGUAUCUAUAGAUAACCAUGUCAAAAUGUUGCAUUUUAUCUGUUCUUUAAAGGAGAGGGUGCACAUUUAUACACUGACUGUACUGUUUGUUAUUCAAUACAGCAUGGAAGCACUUUGUUUUGAAUCACUGCUUUAAAUUAUAUUCUGGGCAUUGAUAAAUGAUCAUAGUGUAAAAUACAAAAUUGCUGGUUUAAGCAAAAUCUGUUGUUUCAUAUUUAGCAUAAAGAAUGUCCAAGUUUGUCAGCUGAGCAGCUUUCUUGUGUGUAUGUAAAAGUGCCCUUUAAAUGGACUAUCAGCAUAGAUUGGACCUAUCUGUGGAUUAUUACAAAUGCCUAUUUUGUAUAUAUUUUCCACUGGAUUUUUUUACUUUUUAUUUUUGUGUAGCGCAAGUUAAAUAUUAUUCUGUUUCUCUUAAUUGACAAUGUAGACAAUAAAACCAAUCUGAGUGCAAUAAAACAAAAGUUCAGAAAAUAAA